ACCCAUUCCUAUCUUUUCUUUCUCACGAGAAAAAGAGCCAGGGCCGAGUUCUCAAGACCCAAUCCCACCAAACCCCUUCUCUUAUCCCCUCCUCAUCUUCUCGCCGCACCCGACGACAUCGCGGGAGAAGGAAGGCAGCAUCAUGGCCGGAGCAGCAGCCGCCGUGGCCUCCGGCAUAUCGAUCAGGCCUGUAGCCGCGCCUAAGAUCUCGCGCGCGCCCCGCUCUCGGUCGGUGGUGAGGGCGGCCGUCUCCAUAGACGAGAAGGCUUACACGGUUCAGAAAUCCGAGGAGAUCUUCAACGCCGCCAAGGAAUUGAUGCCUGGUGGUGUUAAUUCACCAGUCCGUGCCUUCAAAUCAGUCGGCGGGCAGCCCAUAGUUUUUGAUUCUGUGAAGGGCUCUCAUAUGUGGGAUGUCGAUGGAAAUGAAUAUAUUGAUUAUGUUGGUUCCUGGGGUCCUGCAAUCAUUGGUCAUGCAGAUGACAAGGUGAAUGCUGCACUUAUUGAAACUCUGAAGAAGGGUACUAGCUUUGGUGCUCCAUGUGCGUUGGAGAAUGUGUUGGCUCAAAUGGUCAUCUCCGCUGUGCCGAGUAUCGAAAUGGUUCGUUUUGUAAAUUCAGGAACAGAAGCUUGCAUGGGAGCACUCCGCCUUGUGCGUGCAUUCACUGGGAGGGAAAAGAUUCUCAAGUUUGAAGGCUGUUACCAUGGCCAUGCAGAUUCCUUCCUUGUUAAAGCAGGCAGUGGUGUUGCCACCCUCGGCCUCCCAGACUCCCCUGGAGUGCCUAAGGGAGCCACCGUUGGGACUCUAACAGCACCUUAUAAUGAUGCUGAUGCGGUUAAAAAGCUGUUUGAGGAUAACAAAGGGGAGAUUGCUGCAGUCUUCCUUGAGCCGGUUGUUGGCAAUGCUGGCUUCAUUCCUCCGCAGCCUGCUUUCCUAAAUGCUCUCCGUGAGGUGACCAAACAAGACGGUGCACUUCUGGUGUUUGAUGAAGUGAUGACUGGUUUCCGUUUAGCUUAUGGUGGGGCACAAGAGUACUUUGGAAUCACCCCUGAUGUGACAACCUUGGGGAAAAUUAUUGGCGGUGGUCUUCCGGUUGGUGCUUACGGUGGACGGAAGGAUAUCAUGGAGAUGGUUGCUCCAGCAGGGCCAAUGUACCAGGCAGGAACCCUCAGUGGAAACCCUCUAGCUAUGACUGCUGGAAUCCACACUCUCAAGCGUCUGAUGGAGCCUGGCACCUAUGAAUACUUAGACAAGGUCACUGGUGAACUUGUCCGGGGCAUAUUGGAUGUGGGCGCUAAAACAGGGCACGAGAUGUGUGGAGGACACAUCAGAGGCAUGUUCGGAUUCUUCUUCGCAGGUGGCCCAGUGCACAACUUUGAUGAUGCCAAGAAGAGUGACACAGCGAAGUUUGGGAGGUUCCACCGUGGAAUGCUGGAAGAAGGCGUGUAUCUGGCACCAUCCCAGUUCGAGGCAGGUUUUACAAGCUUGGCACACACCACCCAAGACAUUGAGAAAACCGUGGAGGCUGCCGAGAAGGUUCUUCGAUGGAUAUAGAUGAUUUGGAUUGCAAACCUUUUGAAGCUUUUCCUUCUGUUGUAUUCUGUUAGUUUGUACGUGGCUGAAGUUUAGUUUUGUAUUGUAUUUUGUUGUGCAGCAGCAGUAUCUUGUCUCUAGCCCAUUUUUCUUCUUCUGAGUUAGCAUUUGGGGUGAUUUUGUCUUGGCAAUAAAACUUUGGCUACGACCUCCA